UGAUCUCCAGCUUGAGGACUGGAUGGAUGCUUUUCAUCUUGCAUGCAGAUGUUGUGAACUAUUUGGGAAUUUGGUGGCGAUCCUUGGAGUUGACUUUGGAUUCUUUUAAUGAGAUUGUUUUCUUAUUGUCAUUGUUUGUUAUACCUUGGAGCAUUUUGGUGAUCGGAUGUCAUGUCCAACUUGUAGCCAAGUUCAAAGCCGUCCUUGAUCUUCUGGGAUCAGAAAGUCAUUCUUUCUGAAUUGAUGAGUUUUCUAAACCGGCUGAGACGCACCGGUGACGCAUAGAGCCACACGUUCAUACGUUCACAUCCAUCCAUCCAUCCAUCCAUCCAUAUGCGUCAUGUCUUUAAGCAGAAGUAUUGAGUGGGAGCACUUUGAGGAAAGGGACAAGGCGCCACGUUCGGCUCGGGGAAGCGCGUCCAGCUGUCGUGGCGCGUCCCGGGGAAACGGGAACGGCUACGGCUCGGUGGCGAGUCCUGCGCACAGCGCGCACUGCAGCUUCUACCGCGCGCGCACCUUGCGCUCACUCGCCGCCGAGAAGAAGGCACGGAAAGUGCGCUUCUACCGCAACGGGGACCGACACUUCGAGGGCUUGGCGUACGCCGUGUCCGGUGACCGUUUCCGCUCUUUGGACGCGCUGCUCGUGGAGCUGACGCGCGCUCUGUCGGACGGUGCGAGCUUACCGCAAGGAGUGCGCUGCAUUUAUUCCAUCGACGGAACCAAGAAGGUCACCAGUCUGGACGAUCUUGUUGAGGGUGAAAGCUACGUCUGCGCCUCCAACGAACCCUUCCGCAAAGUAGACUACACCAAGAACGUCAACCCCAACUGGUCGGUGAACAUUAGGGCGGGCACAUCACGCUCUCUCUCCUCUUUACCCAUACUAAAGAACGAGCUGAGAGAGCGAGAAAACAAGGACUUCAUCCGGCCCAAGCUGGUGACAGUCAUCCGGAGCGGAGUGAAGCCACGCAAGGCUGUGCGCGUCCUCCUCAACAAGAAGACGGCACACUCGUUCGAGCAAGUGCUCACGGACAUCAGCGAUGCCAUCAAGCUGGACUCGGGAGUGGUGAAGAAACUCUACACGCUAGAGGGGAAGCAGGUUACGUGUUUGCAGGACUUCUUUGGCGAUCACGACGUGUUCAUUGCGUGUGGUCCGGAGAAGUACCGCUACGCUCAGGAUGAUUUUGUGUUGGAUCACAGUGGUAAGGCUUGUGCAGCCUUUCUGAAUGAGUGCCGUGUGCUGAAAUCUUCCUGUACUUCUCGCUCCACUACUCCAGUGAGGUCCAGUGGCAGUAAGAGUCCAGCCCGGCGCAGCAAAUCUCCCGGAUCAGUGAGGAAAUCUUCUCCAUACUUGUCCACCAGCAGUCAGUCUCCAGUCAAAUCCCCAGUUAACGGAGUGGUUCCCAGCCUGAGUCAGAUUUCCACCCCCAAAUCCACCAAGUCCUCCAGCUCAUCCCCCACAAGUCCCCGCAGCAUGCGCAACUUCAAGAUUCCGACUCAUCACUCAUCUGCAUCGAACGUGAGCAUCUCCUCCGAGCAACAUCAGCCUCAACACACGGACCACACCAGUCCCGAGGUUAACGGAAACAGAAAUCCUACAACCUCUCCCAUCGUGGAGAAGUACAAAGUGGGAAAAAUUAUCGGUGAUGGAAAUUUUGCGGUGGUAAAGGAGUGUGUCGAACGGUCAACUGGAAAGGAGUUUGCCUUAAAGAUAAUUGAUAAGAAGAAAUGUCGUGGAAAAGAACACCUGAUUGAGAGCGAGGUGGCCGUAUUAAGGCGGGUCAAACACCCCAAUAUCAUAAUGCUGAUGGAGGAAGUGGACACGCCUUCUGAGCUCUAUCUCGUCAUGGAGCUAGUCAAGGGAGGCGAUCUGUUCGAUGCCAUCACAUCCUCUGUGAAGUACACAGAGAAAGACGCCAGUGCCAUGGUGUACAACCUGGCUGCUGCUCUCAAAUACCUGCACAGGAUGAAUAUCGUGCACCGAGACAUCAAACCCGAGAAUCUACUGGUGUGUGAAUAUCCAGACGGCACCAAAUCUCUGAAGCUGGGUGACUUUGGAUUGGCGACGGUGGUGGAAGGUCCACUGUACACUGUGUGUGGGACUCCGACGUACGUCGCCCCGGAGAUUAUAGCAGAGUCGGGUUAUGGUAUAAAAGUGGACAUCUGGGCAGCAGGUGUGAUUACGUACAUCCUGCUGUGCGGCUUCCCACCUUUCAGGAGUGAGAAUAAUGUGCAGGAGGAGCUGUUUGAUCAGAUUCUCCAGGGCCACUUGGACUUUCCCUCUCCAUACUGGGACAACAUCACCGACUCAGCCAAGGAGCUGAUUGGCCAGAUGCUUCAGGUGAACUCUGAGAUGAGGUACAUGGCAGAAGAUAUUUUGUGUCACCCCUGGGUCACGGACGACGCUGCUGUGGACAACAACAUGAAAAUGGAGGUGACGGGAAAACUCAAGAAGCACUUCACACAGAAAGACAGCAACACCACUGCAGGAGUGUCCGUUAUUAUGAACACAGCUCUAGAUAAGGAAAAGCUGCAGCUGUGCCGUCGCAGUCAGGGGAAUAGCGUCACCCUGCCUGAAGGGGAAGGAGGACCGGGACGCAGCCGCUCUGAGAAGAAAUGCCCCUCUGGCUUAUCAGAGGACACCAAAAGUCCUGGAGCCGCCCCUCUUCAGGCUUUACCCUCCCCCUUGCCCUCUUCCGAUGCCCCUCCCCUGUCGUCCUCCCCGUCCUCUCCUCGGUGUAGUGAAGAACCCGGCGAAGAGCGAGCUUUCGAACGGGAGGAAUAGAUCCGCUUAGAACAAGAACAACUGGGAGAGGAAGGAAGACUGACAAAAAAUAUACAAAACAUGUUCCAUUGACUGAAAUCCAUUCCAGCUUUUGGCUUUUUCUGGAGCUGUUGCUUCCUCGAUUUUUUUUCUUUAGUCUUUUGGGAACAAAAAAAGAGAUGCAGUGAUGUGAUAUGAAUUUUAAAAGCUGUUGAAUUUGUAAUUUUGAAAUUUAAACACUGAGUUCAUAGCAGUGGUGUUUUAAAUUUCUUGAUGAAGAAUUCAAUGCACCUUUCAAAUCUGUCUCUAUACACUCUCAGUCCUGGAGCUGCUCGACCAUUCCUGGUUCAUUAAAGGCUUUCGUUGAACUAAAAUGUUUUUUUCCCAUGACUACUCCAUUCCCUCCUGUCAGGGAUGGGUUAAUAAAUCCUGACCCCCUGGUCAGGAAGCUAAGCAGUGACUCCAUGGACCUAACCUGCCUUGUGUCAACAGUUCAGCCUGGUGGUGGUUGUGUAAUGCUGUGGGGAAUACACACAUUGGACUCCUUCAGGUCUGCAUCCCUCACCCAAAAUGCAUACAAUGCUACAUUCCAUGUCUUAUGAGAAUUUGAGCGGUCUCUAUAAUGCAUACAUGGUGGUCUAACCUGAUGUGACUCGAUUUCUUUCUUGGAUUUUACUUCGAAAUUCAUCCCAUAAAUUGUCUAGCUUUUCAACGGUAAGCAGUGACACACACACACACACACACAGAUAGAUAGAUAGAUAGAUAGAUAGAUAGAUAGAUAGAUAGAUAGAUAGAUAGAUAGAUAGCCGAUGAGGCGCGUAGCACCGAGUUGUCUAUAAGCCAUGUAUGACGAGAUUGAGUGGAAUAACUGUUUUAUUCUAUCCACAUUCACUGGAUUU